AUGCCUCCAUGCCAAGAUAUCAAGCGUCAAAACUCUACACAAAUAAAAAACUUAUAUAAAAACAUCCUUGAGAAAAAAAUCAUCACAACUCCAGAAACCGGAAAAUCAAAAUGGCUAAUCAACCUGACAAACGAGCAAAUCCCUGUAGAAGUCCUAGAACUGGCCAGCCUGGGGAAGAACUUCGGGCUUCCUCACAAAAACAGACAAAUUCCACUGGAGCGUCUGAUGACUAGCCUAGAGCUGAGUAUCUUGGACUUACCCCGUGAAGACUCCUUCGCUGUGCGAGCUACUUAUUUAGAUGUAAUAAAUAACUACUUACGACUACCAGAGACCUCGAUUGAGCUGCAAAGAAAGAUUCACACGACUUCUAAAUUUAUAAAGCGAAACCCCGACAUUAUAUUUCUGAAAGCUGACAAAGGGAACGUUACUGUGAUAAUCAGCCGGGACUUAUACAUUUCAAAAAUGAUGAAUAUACUCAGCGACCCUUACACAUACUGCCCUAUAAAGUACGACCCAACGAAGCACCUUCAGUGGCACGUCAACAAACGGGUCACGCAAUUAAGAUUUCGGUUACGAAAUUUAGCGGCUAAAGAAAUUGACAAUGCCGCACUUGUUGAGAAGGGUAAUAUUGUAAAAGUGGAGAAGAAAUCCGUCUGCUUGCCAUAUGUUAAGUAUUUGUCAGAGUCACUGAAGAUAGCGAUGCGCAAAUUCAAUAUUUGCCUCAGUUUUAAAAACUCUUAUAAUUUGUCCUGGCUUUUUAGAGGACACAAAGAUUCGCUUCCGGCUUAUGAAAAAUCCUGCGUUAUUUAUGCAGUUCCUUGUUCUGAGUGCGAUUAUGUGUUCGUGGGACAUACGAAGUACAAGUUGAAAACUGCUCUGACGAAACACUGGCAAGAUUUGAACUAUCCGAUCGCAAUUGUUGAUGACGCGCUCAUUGAACACGCGUUCGGCUGCAAACAUUAUUUUGAUCUUAAAGGAACUAAAAUUUUGGACUCUGAGCCAGUUACUUGGAUAAGAGAUUACCUAGCCGAGUUUUAUCGGGUUAAGUUGAACAAUUAUUAUUGUUAUGAUUCAUACGAUCUCAAAUAA